AUGGGCUUCUUUGGGCGAAUCUUCGGGCGAGGUAGGACUCCGCGUCCCAUUCACUUCGGCUCAUAUCCCGCAUACGGUGGAUACCCUGCAUAUGGAGGGUAUCCUGCAUACGAAGAACCAAGACACGGAAGGAACGCGUACGAUAAUGGUUACGAUACCAAUGAGAGCCACGAGGACCGCUAUGUUGGCCAAGAAAACCCGGCCGGCGGUCCGCCAGGCUUCGUACCGCUUGGUAAAAAUAACGAUAGGAACAACAAUGGUAACGUUCCUGCGCCACAGCAUGUGAAUAACACCCCAAACCAAGUACCACCAUCUCGGGGUCCGGGGGUUCAGGGCCAGGGUCAGGACAAUGCUCAACCGCCGCCGCCGCAGCAGCCGCAACAGCAACAGCAGCCCCAGUUCCAACGAAUGCCCACUAUGAACAACGCCCGCGGUUUACAGCCCGGUGAGAUAGAUCCACACUUGCAGCCAGAAGGGCAGAGGGAAUCUAGUGAGCGACCACGAGGGCAGAGCCGAAGCGAGUAUGCUGACGCUGAACCCACUGUUCCUGGUGGCGGGCGGGGCGGAGGUGCGCCUGAAAGCGGGCAGCCUCAGCACCCGUGGAUGCCAGAGACGCGAUUCUAUAAUCAGCAGCAGACGCGAAGGAGAAGAUGA